AUGGGCGUCAUGGAUAUUCCAGAAACCCACAAAGUGUCAGUCCUCGUGAGAGAACCCACAAACACUGACACUCACGCUCACACUCACAAUGUUCAAUACCACUUCGAAACCCGCGUCGUCUCGGUUCCCCAGAUCGGUCCCAACGACCUUCUCGUCCGCCUGUCGGUUUCCGGGGUAUGUGGGACGGACCUCGGUAUGGCAUCAGGACACUUGGGGCCUUGUCGCGACAUCCUCGGCCACGAAGGCGUCGGCCGCGUCGUCAAGCUUGGGUCGGCCGUCUCACCGUCCUUCGUCGAUGUAGGGGCACGGGUCGGCAUCGCCUGGGUCCGGGACAUCUGCGAGAGGUGUUUCUGCUGUCUCACGCCGGGCGGCGAAGCGCGGUGCAUGGAGAUGCUGUGCUCCGGGCUCAGACGCGACGGGACUUUUGCGGAAUACGCCACCGUGCCGUCGCGCUACAUCAUCCGCAUUCCCGAGGGGGUGCCCGACCACCUCGUCGCCCCGGUUCUGUGCGGCGGCGUCACGGCCUUCAAGGCCAUCAAGGUCAGCGAGGCCACUCCGGGACAGUGGAUCGUGGUGUCCGGGGCCGGCGGCGGCGUGGGCGCGCUGGGCAUCCAGUACGCCAAGGCGAUGGGAUACCGCGUCAUCGCCGUCGACCUGGGCGUGUCGAAACGAGAAUACUGUCUCGAGUUGGGUGCCGAAGCGUACUUUGACGCCGCGGUGGUGCAGCCCGCCGAUAUUCAGUCGUUGACGGGCACCAACAACGGCGGCGCCGCGGCGGUUCUCGUCAUGGCGAAUUCCGCCAAAGCAUACGAGGCCGCACUCGGGUUCGUCGGGCCGUACGGAGCGUUGGUGUGUGUUGGGAUCCCCCCGCCCGAUCAGACGAUGAGGAUUCACCCGCUCGCGACAAUCGGGAAGAAUGUCCGCAUCAUAGGAUCGGCCGUGGGGACGAGGAAGGAUAUCUGGGACGCCAUUGAAUUUGUCGCUCGAGGGGCCGUCAAGCCACGGGUACAAAUGGCGUCUCUUGACGAUCUUUCUGACAUUGUCAAGAAUUUUCAAAAGACGCCAGCGAAAUAUGUGAUGCGCUACAUCGACGAGGAAGAAAUAAGCGCCAAUGGUGUACAAUCUAAUGGACAAUAG